AAUGAAAACAAGAAAUAAAAGGCUGUCCUUGGAUGCCCCUGUACCCUGUGGAGGCUCAGUGCCAGGUCACAACUCAGAAUAUUGUGAACUUCAAGAAAUAGGACAAUACGAGCCACAUCUACCAGGGCAGCCUGCAGCCGCUGCAGCAUCCACAGGAGAGCUCGCCCCGCGGCUACAUGCCUUGACCAGGCCCAUUUCCCAGCUGCAAGCUUGCUACUGAGGACUUGUAGGCAGCUCCCAAGAUGGGUGAGAGGAAAGGCCAGAACAAGUACUACCCCCCGGACUUCAACCCCGAAAAGCAUGGCUCGCUCAACCGGUACCACAACAGCCACCCCCUUCGAGAACGGGCUCGAAAGUUGUCACAAGGCAUCCUCAUUAUCCGAUUUGAAAUGCCAUACAACAUCUGGUGUGAUGGCUGCAAGAACCACAUUGGCAUGGGUGUGCGCUACAAUGCAGAAAAGAAGAAGGUUGGCAAUUACUACACAACUCCAAUCUACAGGUUCCGGAUGAAAUGCCACCUCUGUGUCAACUACAUCGAGAUGCAAACGGACCCUGCCAACUGUGACUAUGUCAUCGUGAGUGGUGCUAGUCGCAAGGAGGAGCGUUGGGAUAUGGAGGACAAUGAGCAGGUGCUGACCACAGAGCACGAGAAGAAAGAGAAACUGGAGACAGAUGCCAUGUUCCGCCUGGAGCAUGGGGAGGCUGACCGCAGCACCCUGAAGAAGGCCCUCCCCACACUCAGCCACAUCCAGGAGGCACAGAAUGCCUGGAAGGAUGACUUCGCUCUGAAUAGCAUGCUGCGCAGACAGUUCCGGGAGAAGAAGAAGGCCAUGCAGGAAGAGGAGGAGAAGGACCAGGCACUGCAGGCAAAGGCCAGCCUAGCCAUCCCUCUCGUGCCAGAGUCAGAGGACGACCGUAGGCUGGCUGCCCUGCUAAGGUUGCACACCCUGGAUUCCUAUGAGGACAAACAGAGACUGAAGCGGACAGAGAUCAUCCACCGCUCUUGGUUCCCCGCAGCCCAGGCACCCAGUGCUAGUAGCAGCAAAGCUAGCAACGUCCUGAAGAAGCUGUGCCAGGGCCGUAGACCACCCCCCAGCACCACAGGCACAGUGGGAGACCUGGGCAUAGUGAGGAGAAGGUCUCGAGAAAUUCCAGAAAGUUCCCAGUGUGCAGUGGACAGCUCCUUGUCAACAGAACCAAGAGAACCACCCGGAACCACCCAGGACAGACCUCAAGAGACAGCAGAGGCAUCCAAGACCAGCAAGACAUCAGACUCUGAGAGAAACUGUAGAGACCAGGCCUCAACCCUAGGUCCCUCCCAGGAGGACCUGCUACACCCCAACAACCUCAGUGCCUCCCUGGUAGCUGACUACUCUGACUCCGAGAGCGAGUAAGGAGGUCAGAAUUCCAGGACCAGAAGCCAUGACUCAUCCAGACCUUAGGGACCACAGGCCCCAUUGCUGCCAGCCCAGCCACAGACUGACCUUCCUGUACGGAUUGUUAUUUAUUUGGUUUUGGUGAGGGUGCCUGUGCCUUGGUGUGACCCCUGACACCUCCAUAUUAAAGCCCUGCUCUUGAUCCCUGCCUUGGGUCACUAAACACAGCUGGUAGCUGCCCUGUCCUCAUUUCCUCCCAACUAAGCAGAUGCUGCUGCAGCAUUAUUUUGACAGCAAUGUGGUGCCCACACAGCAGGAUGGAGAGUUUGAGAUACUGGUCAAGACUGGUCAUGGU